AAACGGAGGAAUCGACACACUGAACAGUGAGAAACGGAGGAAUCGACACACUGAACAGUGAGAAACGACACAUAUCGAGCGGAGAAAUUGAUUUCAGAACUGCGCAGUGAUGAAGAUUCUGCUUUUCCUCGUGUUUGAGGUUCAUCUUGCAGCAGCAGUCACACACACUCUGCAGGUCUUCUACACUGGAGUCACACCAGGAAUAAAUUUCCCAGAAUUCACUGCUCUCAGUCAGCUGGAUGGAGUGCAGUAUGAGUACUAUGACAGCAAGAUCAGAAAGAAGAUCCCAAAGACGGAGUGGAUAAAGAAGAUCGACGCUGAUGAUCCAGAUUACUGGAACACAUACACACAGGUGCUGCAGGAAAAUGAGGAGAUCUUCAAAUUCAAUGUGGAUACACUGAUGCAGCGCUUUAAUCACACUACAGGAGUUCACACAGUGCAGGUGAUGUACGGCUGUGAGCGUGACUAUGAUGGCACCAUUAAAGGAUAUAGUCAGUACGGUUAUGAUGGAGAAGAUUAUCUCAGUUUUGAUCUGAAAACUCUCACCUGGAUCGCUCCGACAUCUCAAGCUCUGAUCACCAAGAACAAGUGGGAUAAUUAUCCUGGUUAUAAUAUACAGUGGAAGAACUACCUGGAGAAAGAGUGUAUUGAGUGGAUAAACAGACACCUGUCUUAUGGCAAAGAGACUCUGGAGAGGAAAGUUCGUCCUACAGCGUCAGUGUUCCAGAAACACUCGUCUUCUCCAGAGCUGGUGUGUCAUGCUACAGGUUUCUUCCCCAAAACAGUGAUGAUCACCUGGAGGAAGGACGGAGAAGACGUGCAUGAGGGCGUGGAUCUCGGAGAGACGUUACCCAACCAGGAUGGAAGCUUCCAGAAGAGAAGCGUUCUGACAGUCUCAGCUGAGGAUCUGCAGAAACACACCUACACAUGCGUGAUUCAGCACAGCAGCUUGGAGAAGGAGAUAGUGCUGCCUGUGAGCGAGCGCCGAAUCCUGAAUCCUGGUGGAGGAUCAGAUGGAGGAUCAGGUGAAGGAUCAGGUGGAGGAUCAUAUGGAGGAUCAGAUGGAGGAUCAGAUGGAGGAUCAGGUGGAGGAUCAUAUGGAGGAUCAUAUGGAGGAUCAGAUGGAGGAUCAGAUGGAGGAUCAGGUGGAGGAUCAUAUGGAGGAUCAGAUGGAGGAUCAGGUGGAGGAUCAGGUGGAGGAUCAGGUGGAGGAUCAGCGUCACUAUUCCAGGAACAAGCCGCCUCUCCAGAGGUGGUGUGUCAUGCUACAAGUUUCUUCCCCAAAACAGUGAUGAUCACCUGGCAGAAGGACGGAGAGGACGUGCAUGAGGACGUGGAUCUCAGAGAGACGUUACCCAACCAGGAUGGAAGCUUCCAGAAGAGAAGCAUUCUGACAGUCUCAGCUGAGGAUCUGCAGAAACACACCUACACCUGCGUGAUUCAGCACAGCAGCUUGGAGAAGGAGAUGGUGCUGCCUGUGAGCGAGCGCCGAAUCCUGAAUCCUGGUGGAGGAUCAGGUGGAGGAUCAGGUGGAGGAUCAGGUGGAGGAUCAGGUGUAGGAUCAGCGUCAGUGUUCCAGGAAGAAGCCGCCUCUCCAGAGGUGGUGUGUCGUGCUACAAGUUUCUUCCCCAAAACAGUGAUGAUCACCUGGCAGAAGAACGGAGAGGACGUGCAUGAGGACGUGGAUCUGCAGAAACACACCUACACCUGCGUGAUUCAGCACAGCAGCUUGGAGAAGGAGAAGAUGGUGCUGCCUGUGAGCGAGCGCCGAAUCCUGAAUCCUGAACUAGGAUCAGGUGGAGGAUCAGAUGGAGGAUCAGGUGGAGGAUCAGGUGGAGCUCCGAUCGGUAUCAUCGUUGGUGUAGUCGCGGUUCUCCUGGUUCUCGUUGCCGUUGUUGCUGGAAUUGUGGUCUGGAAGAAGAAGAACUCUGGCUUCAAACCUGUUCCACCCAAACCCGGGUCUGAAACAGAUUCACUAACCUCCACGAGCUCCCUUGAAAGCGAUUCUUCCUCCAACAACUCUUAAAGUGGACUGUGUGUGUUCCCGCUGCACUGAGAGAGAGAGAGGAGGAGAGGGAGAUGAAGACCACACACACACACACACACACACAUUAUUCCAGUGUGUAUCUUGGUGUAUAAUUUUUCCUGUAUUUGGAUGGAGGAUCUUUUUAUUGUGAAUCUGUUAUUGCUGUAAAAUGGGAUUAUUAGGGAUUGUUGUUGGGGGUUGUUUAUUAUUAUUAUUAUUAUUAUUAUUAUGUAUUGCUCUAUGUAAAUUCUGGUAGCUUUUGUGUGUGAUGAGGUUUAAUGUGUGUUUGUGUGUCUUGCUGUGGAGUUUGUAGUAAAGAUGGUCAGUGAUGGUGUGAUAGUCACUUUCCAUUCUUCCUCUGGGUUCUCCAUCGCUCACAGCUUUGAAACACACACACGCACAUUUAAAUCUGUUCUAUGCAACAGCCUCGUACACCCCCUCUCUCUCUCUCUCACACACACACACACACUGUGAUUCUGGUUUACUCAGGCAUUAGACUUUAAUUGCAUUUUAAACCAUUUUGAGCGAAAACAGUAGCAGUGUGAUUUAUUGUAGUCAAUUUUCACACACAGUUCAUGUUGGAUGAUCUUCAGAUGAUCUGUGUUGAACAGAUUGGACUAAAGUGUAAAAGAACAGGAAGCGGGAUCUUCAGAUGAUCCGUGUUGAACAGAUUGGACUAAAGUGUAAAAGAACAGGAAGCGGGAUCUUCAGACGCUCCGUGUUGAACAGAUUGGACUAAAGUGUAAAAGAACAGGAGUGAACACAGCAGAAGCAGGAGUUCAUGCUGAUGAUCAGCACUCAAAGCUUUUCUUUUCUCCACACGUGGAAAACACAAAUCUACUAAAUGUCACGGCACUGACUCCAUUAUUUAUUACUGAACUCAGUUUAAAGCAAAAGAACAAUCCAUUCAACACGUUUUCACAUUUGUACGACCCAAAUCUCUCCCACAAUCCCUCUGUUCUGUCUGUAACAAUCUGAACCAACAAUAAAGUCUAUUUUCUUCA